AGAGCUGUCAGCUGACUAUAGGAAAGGCUUCCGGUUUCCUCUGAAACAUGGUGCACAGUUUAUUUGGUUUAACUGUCGUUUUUUCCGAGGAAUACUGUGUGCAGCCAAGACCCAGACUCAGUGUGUGUGAGGAAGGAGCAGCGGUGCAGCCAGCGGGCUCACCAUGAUCUUACUCCAGCUUCCAGAGGAUGUCCUUUAUCAUAUCUUGUCUUAUUUGGACUACAAAUCUCUCAGUCGUCUCUCUCAAGUGUGUAAAAGCAUUUACCGCUUUGUAAACCGGGACGCUGUGUGGAGGAGGAUUGCCAAAGAGUUUCUAAACACUGGAAUCAGUCGGGACGGGACGGACAUAUAUCCUCACAUUCCACUGAAGGAAAGAGUGAAGAUUGCUCAAAACUGGUAUAAUGGUGUCUGCAAAAGGGCGAUUCCUCUCAAAUGGAAAACACAGCUGCUGCCAUGGUUGCAGCUGGAAGGGGAUGUACUGUUUCUAUCUCAGGCAGCUGAUAUCAGAGCGUACCAUUUGCGGCAAGACUCUGGGAGGCUCCAGCGGAACCCAUUUGAAAUCUACUCAGGCCACAAUGGUGAUGUGUGCCACUUUGUUCUGACGGACUCUCACCUGAUCAGUGGAGGAAGUGAAGGCAAGAUCCUGGUCCACAGCAGAACGAGUGACAUGUCGGUGGAGUUAUCAGGUCACAACCAGGAAGUCAACUGCUUGGACUCUAAAGAUGGACUUAUCAUCAGUGGAUCCAGAGACCGAACAACCCGGAUUUGGACUUUGACUUCCACCUACCCCAGACACACAAUUCCCAUGUAUGACAGAGUGUGGUCUGUUGCUAUUAGUCCAACGCUGAGCUCCUUUGUAACAGGAACUGCAUGCUGUGAGAACUUCUCCCCUCUACGCAUCUGGGAUGUUGAGCGGUUGGAGUGUGUGUGCAGUCUGGGCUCAGAGUUUCGUCGCGGGGCCGGUGUGUUGGACAUGGUUUUUGAGUCUCCGUUCCAGCUCUUUACCUGUGGCUAUGAUACCUUCAUUCGACUGUGGGACCUCCGAAUCAACCCACAGAAGUGUGUGAUGGAGUGGGAGGAGCCGCAUGACAGCGCUCUGUACUGUAUCCAGACAGACGGAAAUCACAUGAUAGCCAGUGGCUCCUCAUACUAUGGUGUUGUGCGACUCUGGGACAAACGACAGACUGAAUGCCUGCAGUUCUUCCAACUGAGCUCAGACCCAGUGAGCAGCCCAGUGUACUGCCUGAGGUUCAGCAGCACUCACCUGUACGCAGCUCUGGCCACCGCCCUGCACUUACUGGACUUCAGACAGAACCCCAUCUACAUCAGAUGAUACACACACACAAAUACAGUUCAAAAUCAUCAUUUCAAUAAAGCUGUCUAUUUUCACAAUAAAUGCUUUCACGUUUUGCAAGGAA